AUGGCUGAAACAAGGUACGAAAGUUUGCUUAGAGUAUUUUUCACUUCUCUUGCGUUUAGAUUGAGAAAUGAGGAUUUCCGAAAACUUCUUCAAACUCCUUCGGUUCGUACAACGGAAAAGGUCUUAGGUGCACCUCCGCAAAUUCCAUCGACAACUUCAGGAAUAGCUUCCGGAUUCACUCACAAGCAGGUUCAAAAUGCCGAACAGAAGAAGAAGAAAGCCAAGAAGUUCAAUGCUCCAAAGGAGAAGAAGGAGAAAACAGAAAUCGACGAAUUAGCAGAAGAAAGUGAACAACGACUCAAUGAAAUAAUGAAUAAAUAUAGAGACAGAGCUGCUGAAAGAAGGAAAGGAGAAGGUGGGGGAAUGGAUUUGGAAAUGAGAAACAGAAUUAGCGGCCUUAGGGCAUCAAACGAUGAAGAAUUGGAUGAAAGAGAACGAAGGAAGCAAGAGAUCAGAGUAGGUGCUAAUUACGUCGUUUUGAUUUUUAGGAAUCUAAAUAUCUUGGCGGCGACAUUGAGCAUACCCAUUUGGUGAAAGGACUUGAUUAUUCUUUGUUAAACAAGACUCGGAGUGAAAUAAAGGUAAGGCCGCAGGAGGAGGUUGAAGAAGAGCACCUUAAAGAAGCAUUCCAAGUAAGUCUAGUGAUCCAAAAAGAAGAUGUUUAGAACCCAAUUACUCGCUCUUCUCUGAUCAAAAAACUUGCCAAGACUAAGUUCGCUGAAGAAGUAUGUCGUGUGCUGUUUGAACCUCCAGUGGUCAAACGAAAUGAGCUGUUCCAAAAGGGGAGAAUGGCAUAUGUUGUUGAUCUAGAAGAAGAACAACAGAACGACGUUCCGGUCACUCUUCUCAGAUCGACGGUUGAAGUUAUCAGUGAUAAGGCAGAACAGAAUAUAAAUGUGAAUAAUAUGAUCAUCAGCGUAGGUUAAAAAAAUAGAUAAUUUUAUUCCGUUAUAGAAGUUAACCGAUGUCCUGUCGUACUUACGGACGGACGGUAAAAAGAAGAAAAGAGAAAAAGAAGUGAUGAUCCCAGAAGGGCGUUCAAAACAGCCGGUAAGGGAUAUUAAUAUAUACGAUGAUAUUGGGGAGUAUGUGCCUGAUAGAAGUUCCAAAAGUCGCAGAGAUGACCGUGAGAAUAGAGAAUCACGUCAUUCAGAUAACAAAGACUCUAGAAGACGGGAAGAGAGAAGAGAUUCAAGACGAGAAAGACAUAGGGAUGAUAAAGACUAUGAUAGAAAGGAUGAUGGAAACAGGAGACGUCGAGAUCAGGAAGGACGGGGCCGAGAACCCGAAAAACGGUAGUUUUUUCCUUGUAAUCCAUUAUUUUUUAGGCCAAAUAGUCCCAGACACAAAGAAAAUACGAAGGCAGCAGCUCAGAAAGAAAGAGAUCCAUUCCCGUCUUUAUCUGGAUGGAAGAAUACUGUGGCUGAGCCAGUUAUCCCUGAACCUCCUAAGCCAAAGAAAAGUCGGCUAGAUGACGAUGAUGCCUAUGCCGAACUGUUUCCUUCGUCUGAUGUCUUCUUUGGAGCCGGAGAUGACAGUGAUGAAGAAGACUUCUCCAAGAUGGAUAUGGUGAGACAUUGUGUUCUCAGUGCCUUUUGUUCAUUUUUUUAUUUAUCUUCCUUCAGGGUAAUAAGAAAGGCCCAGUCAAACGGUGGGAUUUUGAGACACAAGAAGAUUAUGAGAAAUAUCAGAAUGGUCGUGAAGCUUUGCCUAAGGCUGUAUUCCAGUACGGAGUCAAGACAAAUGCCAAUCGGAAAACACGGAAAGCCAUGGCCGAUAAAGAGGAUAAGAAGGUUGAUAAGGAGUUGGAGAAGAUUGAACAGAUAUGGGAACAACGCCGAAAGAGCGGGAAGAUGUAA